UGGGCGGGGUGGAGCGAAGAUCCGGGAGUAGGAUUUGAGCGCCCGCGAACUCCGCGGAGGCCUGCGGAAAGGGAAGGGGGCGGGGCGGUAGGGAGACCUCGAGGCCCGACAAUCAGCGCGCUUAGAGCUAGCCGGAGGCCCAGGCGAGCAGGGUGGUUCGGCGGGCUCGGCUGGUACCGGGGGAGGUGGGAGCCUGGCUGGGCGAGGCCGACGGAGGUGGGGGAUGCUGGUGGAGGAGGGAGAGAGCGAGCGUGGCUGGGGUUGUGAGGAGACGCGCGGCGCGGAGGCGGACAGUGGGCGGGCGGUGAGGUGACCGGGAUGGUGGAAGACUGACGCAUGACGCAGGUCUCUUCACUCCCCUGAGUCCUAGAGACACUAGUGCCAGCCCACGAACUUUCUGGAAGCCAGAAAUAAUGUUUUGACCCCCAAAAGGGAAAAUCAGUUCCAAAUAGAAAUUAAUAAAUGUAUCCAAAUGUAACCUAUUAACUGGAACGUAACCCAUAUACUUAAGAAUUAUAUUUGAUGUAGGUUCAUAUAUUUUAUGUAAUUUGGGCCGGGCGUCCAGAAGUAUGUGUUUAGGGCCCUUGGAGCUAUUGAAAUGGUCUUGAACUGAGUAGAAGGGUGUGGGACGGAGGUGAAAGGGUAGUGUCAGGGCUGGUUGCCUUUCAAGUGAUACCAAGCUAUAGGCCCUGGCCCUGGGGAGGCAGAGGAUGGCCGUUUUCUAAUUUACACAAAAGUUCCCAGUGGAUGAUGUUAUGGGAAAGGGUUUGAGUAGUCUGGUUCUAAGAGUACCAGACGCAAGGGGUACUCUUUCCUGACCACAAGAAGAAAGUGAACUGAAGGCUUGGCACAGAAAGCUUUUUGGAAAGAAAGGUUACGUGAACUGGAGGUGAAAGGGUUGGGUAGGUGGCACAGGGUUUAGAGGAGGAUAAGGCAUCAGGGAAGUCCAGGGUCAGGGAGUUUUAAAAAUGCAGAGGAUGGCACCCCAGAGUGCACCACCUUUGAUGAACUGAGGCCCUGAGUGAACACGUGUGAGUUAGAUACAGCUUUCCCCAUCACUUUGCAUCUAUAUUUUGGUUUGUGCCUUAUCACCAGUAGAUCAAGGAGAAGGGUUAAAUACUUUAAGAUGAGAAACAUUGAUGUUUGUUUGAGCUCUGAAGGGACUGAAGUGAUUUUAGCUACAUCAAGUGAUGAAAAACACCCACCUGAAAAUAUAAUUGAUGGAAAUCCAGAAACAUUUUGGACCACCACAGGAAUGUUUCCCCAAGAGUUCAUUAUUUGUUUUCACAAACAUGUAAGGAUUGAAAGGCUUUUAAUCCAGAGUUACUUUGUACGGACCUUGAGGAUUGAAAAGAGCACUUCUAAAGAGCCAGUUGAUUUUGAGCAGUGGAUUGAAAGAGAUCUGGUACAUACAGAGGGGCAGCUUCAAAAUGAAGAAAUUAUGGAAUUUGGUUCAUCAGACAGCAGUGACGGCCACCGUGUAGGUCAUAAGAAAGCUUUUGCUUCGGUAUACAGCUUAAUCAAGGACGUGACUAUACAUGAAAACAACUGAUAAUACAUUGUGUCCCCACAGUAUCUAACAUAGUACCCUUCAGAUAUCAGUGCAUUAAUUUUUAAAUUUAUUGAUUGAUUGAUGCAAAGGGCUAAGGGCGCAAUAUGGAAAAUAAACAAUGUACGAGUUCAAAAAAGAGAAAGUAUUUAUGGGAUGGUUUCUUUGAGGUCAUGGAACUUGAACUGGGCCCU